AUGACCAUAUUCCCGAACCGCUGCUGCUUCUCCCCGUGCGCGGAUGAAAACAUCCGGUUUCCAUCCGCGCGCGGGGAAACGGAGCUGCGGGAGACCAGGAGCAAGGCAGGGAGCCAGGAAGACAAGUUGCAAUUGGAGAGCCAACUUAUUCUGGCAACUGCCGAACCGCUAUGCCUUGACCCGUCGAUAUCUGUCGCCUGCACUACAAACCGCCUGCUGUACAACAAACAGAAGAUGAACACUGGUCCCAUGAAGCGGUGUCUGAAGCGAUUCUCCAGACCGGCUCUGAACAGGCAGCAGGAAUUAUCCAACUGCCCUAUCCCACCGCAGCUCAGUCUUCUCGAUUAUCUACACAAGAGGAAGGAAAGGAAAGCCUCGCAACCUCAGUUUGAUCUAAAAAUAUCCAAAACUGGAAACUACGUCGACUUAUGGAAACAAAAUCCUUGCUCCCUUGCCGUACCCUCUGAAGUGGAUGUUGAAAAAUAUGCAAAAGUGGAAAAAUCUAUCAAACUUGAUGACUCGCAACCUACGGUCUGGCCAGCAGAUGAAUCAAAAGAGGAGUAUAUCUUUGAAUGUGAAAACGGGGCUCCUUUCCAGAAGGCAAAGUUAACCAUCUUUCAGAAUGUAGGAAAUCCUUUGUACUAUGGUAAAAUGCAGAGCUCUACAGCCGAUGAAGAAGAUGCCUUCCACAGCCCUCAUUCUCAAUUUCUUAUUGGAGCUAAAACCGAUAUUGAUAGAAUGGUAGGUCAGUACCAGGACUUAUUCAAAAAUGAAUCCAAAGGGUUGGUGAAGAUGUCUUACAACGCAGGAGGGGUGUCAAGCCAAAAUCCUCUCUCUCCAGGCAAGGAAAUGGAGUCAGAUGGCAUCACAGGUUCCAUCCAGUCCUCGAUGCUGGGAAAAGGAGUGAAGCACAGACCUCCUCCCAUCAAACUUCCUUCCAACUCUGGGAGCAGUUCUUCUGGUAAUCUUUUUAGUCCCCAGCAGUCAAGUGGCCACCUCAAAUCCACAACUCCUCCGCCAUCUAAACCUCCCAGCAUCUCUCGUAAACAGUCUAUUGACGUCAACCAAGCCAGCCUGCUGUCCCCCGCUGCAUUGUCACCUGCUGGCUCUUCACAAAGAUCCGGAACUCCCAAACCAUCUACUCCUACACCAACCAACACCCCUACAUCGACCCCGCACCCACCCGAUGUUUUGGCCUCCGCUUCUCUCACUCCUUCUGUAACCCCCACACCCCAAGAUUCAAGUUUUAAUUCACAGCCUACUUUGAUAGCACAGUUUGCCCAACAGCAAAUGUCUCUGAGUCAGGGGUUACCUGUAAUGACUAUUCCGCUGUCCACCAUGGUAACCUCUAUAACAACUGGAACAGCCUCCACCCAAGUCAUGACAAACCCCGCAGGACUUAAUAUCAUCAAUGUAGUUGGAUGUGGCCCACAGGCAUUGAUGAGUGGCUCAAAUACCAUGCUGGGGUGUAGUACUGGUGCCAUAACCCCUGCAGGGAUAAAUCUGAGUGGCAUUUUACCAUCAGGAGGCCUGGUGCCAGGUACAAUGCCAGCUGCCAUGCAGUCUGCCUCUCAGGCAGGUGGUCCCUUUGGUAUAAAAAACAAUCCCAACUUGAGACCAUUAAAUCUGCUACAGCUUCCCGGUGCUUCACUUAUAUUCAAUCCAAUGCAACAACAACAGCAGCCGCAGCUGUCCCAGUAUUCACCACAGCAGGCUCAGCAGACGGCUACCUCCAGCCCCCAGCAAAGCGACCAGCUGGGGCUGUUACCAUCGGGAAUGGAACAAGGUGCUAACAGUCAGGAGCAGACAUUAACUUCUCAGCAAGCUGCGGUCAUUAAUUUAACAGGAGUAGGUGGUUUUAUGCCUCAGCAGACAACUGUGUUAUCUCAGCUCGGCUCAAACAGACCCGGGCACAAACUGCCACACAAGAGUACGCAUCUAUCUCCUGCCUUACAACUGCAAAAGCCGCAAGCCUUGCAGCAGCAACAACCACCCAUACAAUUGCAAUUCUUGCAACAUCAAAUGCACCAAAUGGCUAUGGCAGCAGCACAAGCUCCACCGCCCCUUCCACCACAUUCAGACAGCAGAUCAAGAAAUAAGUGAAGAGGACCCGUCUCCAACCAACCUGGACCCGAACAGCUAAGGACAUCGGCCACUCCUGUCCACCACUGACAAAUCAGACACCGAAUGGACUCAUCCGCCAAAAAUUGCCUUCUCUACAAUAGUUUUAAAUGUGUUUUAAUGAUAUAAAUAGAUCAAUUAUUUUUUUUAUAUAAAAAGGUUUGCUGAAAAGAUGACAAACUCUGAACUUUGCAGGAAAAAAAAAAGCGACUCGAGAUUUUACAGACAAGGAUGUUUUUAAGUGUUCUUAGAUGCAUUAAAA